AUGGAAAGAGAAGCAUUGCCUAUCACAGCUGGACCAAUGUGUACUGUCAAUCAUACCUAUAAUUCUUCGGUGAAUAUACAUCAUGUCAACUGCCUCAAUGUCAACUUCACGAGUGCUUCGCGAGGCAUUGGCGCCGGCUUGGCGAUUGAACAUACUAAAUGUGUGCUCACUUCACCCAAGAGCGAGAACAAAGCUAAGAAUAUUACUUCGAAUAUCGAAGCUUUGAAGAAUGACAGGAAAAUACACAUCGUUCAAGCAGAUCUGAAGCAGUUCGAAGCACCAGAAAGAUCAUAUCCUCGACAAGAUGACAUUUCGGGGACAAGAUCGACAUUUUUGGUGAACAAUGCAAGCGUCCUUCGGGCCAACCCUAUCGAAGAGACACUAGCAGACUACGCUGGCAUCUUCGACGUCAAUGUUUGCGCACUACUACCAUUGAUUAAAGCCGUCAUGCCUCAUCUUCGAAAGUCUGGCAGAGCCAUCAACAUGUCAUCGGUUGGAGCGCGUAUUGGCCCAUCCAAGAUAUCACUGUACGCCACGUCCAGGGAGGCCAUCGAGGGCAUGACAAAAAUCUUAGCCCAGGAGAUCGGAGACGCAGGGUACACAGUGAAUGCCAUUGCCCCCGGACCUGUCGAGUUAGAGAUGCUGGACGACGUGCAUAAGGGCAUCGUCGACGAUUCGAAAUGGGUCUCGGGACAGAUUAUCUCCGCUUCAGGCGGAUUCAUGAUGUUGUGA